AUGUCAACGUGGGCCGAGGUGGGUCAUAUACUGGCCAGUAAUGGCAAUGCAUCUACUUCUUCGCUGGUAUUCGAUUCGACAAGCGAAUUGCUAUUCACAGGAUCGUCGUCUGGCAAUGUGACGUCUCAUUAUAGUCCGGCUCUGCAACGAUACACAAGCUGGCAAGCUCAUCCACAAUUCACAGUUCCUCCGGGCGUAAAGGGAAUCUUGUGUGAUGAACGUGCUGUUUAUAGUGUAGGAGAAAGUGGUAUAAAAUCUGCCAUCAGACGCGGUGCUGGUAGAUGGAAUUUGUACAUGCCUCAAACUGAGAUGCCAUCACUUCGACUUGCUUCAAUGUGCUUUUCGCCUACUGCAUCUUCCGAUAUUAUCGCAGGUGGUGCUUCUACUGGAGCUAGUACUACAGGACAACUGGGUCAAGAUGAUGUCAUGAUUUCUCUAAAUGCUGGAACAGGUAGUAUCAUUCGAAAAGCGCCAUCUGAAGCACAAAUCUCUCAUGUGCGAAAAUCGACAAGAUACAUCUGCGCUGGAGGAUCUGAUGGGCAUAUACAGCUACGCGAUCCUCGCUCUUUGAACCUCGAACACAAAUUACACGCACAUCCGGGUGGAGUGAUCGACAUGCAAUCAGAAGGACAUCUUUUGUACAGCAUCGGUUGGACAAUGCGAUUAGGACAUCCAAUUGCAGAGGCAAUCGUAAAGGUGCAUGAUCUUCGUGCCAUGCGUGCUCUCGCUCCUGUUCCUUUCUCAGCGAUUGGUGGACCUGCAUUCUUGGCUUUACAUCCUAAACGUUCAUCAACAUUUGUCGUCGCCGCUCCACAUGGACAAUUUCAGAUCGUAGACGUCGGAAAUUUAGGAUCAGCCGUUCACCAAUGCACAUUCCAUCAAGUUCACACGUCCACCUAUCUCACCUCUAUGGCCAUGUCUCCUUCUGCCGACUUCCUUGCAUUUGGAGAGGCUGAUGGGUCUGUUCGCCUUUGGGCAUCAUCCAAUGACGCUACAAGCUUCACAUCUUUCACCUCUAAACCAAUUGAAAUGCCAGAUCUACCGGAAACUCCACCUGAGCCGAUCAACUGGACAACGGAAACGUCAUUGUCUACUGUAGGCUUGCCCUACUAUGAUGAAGCGCUUUUGUCUGCCAUGCCUCACGAUGAAUAUUAUUCGGACGCCUCUCCCCUCUUCAAUCCUCCAAAGAAGAUCGAUCAAAGUAUCCUGAACUCGAUUCGAACAGUGGACAAAGUAUCAUAUGCCCCUCUUCCCCGCAAUCUGCGUGGGAAACGGAAUGUGGUAUCCGGCUCAGGUCCUGGAGGUGUAUCAGCAGGCGCUGCUGCCCGGUCUACCGACAGAAGAAGGCCAGAUGAACGUAGAAAGAUCGGAAUACCUAUGUUUCGAAGUGAGAAAGAAGCAGCAAAGAAGAACGCUAAUGGUAAUGCAGAAGAUGAAGAUAAUGCUUUGAGUCCUGGUCUGGAUGUUGGCGGAUCGAUGCCGUCUUACUAUCGUAUCAAGACAAUCGAAUAUAGUCGAUUUGGUGUGGAAGAUUUUGAUUUUGAAUUCUACAACAAGACAAAAUUCUCCGGUCUAGAGACGCAUAUCGAAAACUCCUAUGCAAAUGCCUAUCUGCAAGCAUUGCAUCAUCUGAUACCCUUUCGCAAAAUUGCAGAGUCGCAUGCGAUGUCUAGUGCACCUUUGGAUCCUAGUAAAGGUGGAUGUCAGAAAGACGAUUGUUUGUUGUGUCAAUUUGGAUUUUUAUCAAAAAUGUUGGAGGAUGCCAAAGGUGCAAACUGUCAAGCAACAAACUUCUUGCGCUCCUUAAGUGGAUCAUCCCGAGCAGCUUCGAUGGGAUUAAUGGACAAAGAUGAUGCCUCUAAUGCAGAUGCAGCCUAUAGCAGUCUUAUUCAAACUUUCAACAGGUUUUUGCUGGAGACAGUCUCUGUCGAAUCAGCCGAGGCAGCAAGUCCAUCUAGCAAUGAUGUGGAUCUUAUGAGAAGAAUGUUCGUCAAUACUCAAUACACCGUGCAAGUUUGCGGAACAUGCGGAACGGUUAGCCAAAGACCAAGCGGCAGCAACAUCGUUGAUCUGAUUUAUCCUCGAAAGCAUUUGUCGAACGAACUGGCUCCACCUUCUGAUUUUGCAUCAAUUUUGCGUACAUCUCUUUUGCGGGAGACGCUUGCCAAAGCAACGUGCAGGACAUGCAAUACACCCGCAUCAGCUAUUCGAAGUCAAAGGGUUCUGCCGCCAAUUGAAUCUUUGCCGCAGGCAUUGAGCGUGAAUUGCGUUAUCAAUACGUCUGAUCAGCUUCGUUAUUGGCUUAUGGGCAACAAAGGUCGAUCCUAUCUACCACCAAAGCUUGCAAUCUCGGUACUGGGCGACGGUGUCAGAGUGGAAGAGAUCCGUUCUGAUGAGGAGGAAAGUACCCUGAAAGGGAGGGGAGAUCAUGCAAUCUACAUGCUACGAUCUAUGGUCGUUCAAGUACAGGCUGACAAGGACGUUCCUCAUUUGGUUUCGUUUGCUAAAAUUGAAGAUUCGUGGUAUUUGUUCAAUGACUUCUUGGUUCGUCAAAUUCCAGAAGAGGAAGUCUUGGGCUUUUCAGGACCAUGGAAAGUGCCGGCAGUGCUUGUUUGGGAGCGUGUUGAUCGCAGUGUGAUUGAUUUGAAUGCACUACCACAACAAGCUGAUCCAGCCUUGCUGACAAAGGACAUUACAAUCGCUCAUAAACGCGAUCCCACAUUCAAGAGACAUGAGCCCCUUUCAGCGGCUGAUGAGCUGCCUAUUCAGCCUGGUAUGAUUUGCCCUAUUGACUCUGAAUUUGUAGCACUCAAUCAAGAAGAGCUAGAAUUGAGCAGUACAGGGUCACGUCGCCUAAUUCGACCCAGUCGAUUAAGCUUAGCACGUGUCAGUGUACUUCGUGGUCAAGGACCAAAGGAAGGAGAAGCUUUUGUCGAUGAUUUCAUCCUGACAAAAGAUCCAGUUGUGGAUUAUUUGACACAAUUCUCUGGAAUCAAGGCUGGCGAUUUGGAUCCAAGGACAUCCAAGCAUACGCUUGUACCCUUACGUGUGGCAUACAAGAAGCUCAGAAUGUUGGUUGACAGCGGCUGCAUCUUUUUGGGGCAUGGACUCAAGAAAGAUUUCCGAAUUAUUAACAUUUAUGUUCCACCAGAACAAGUGAUAGAUACGGUAGAUCUUUUCCAAUCUUCAUCGCAUCCCAGAAAGUUAUCACUGCGUUUCUUGGCUUGGUUCUUACUCAAAGAAGACAUUCAAGGACCACAUGCCAACGAAAGUGCACAAGCAGACGGAAGUGCUCCGACGGGCAGUAGUGAAGGGCAUGAUUCUAUUGAAGAUGCACUUGCCGCUUUGCGUUUGUACAGGAUUUAUCUUGACUUUAAGCGAGAUAACCGGUUAGAGGAUGUGCUGGAAGAUUUGUAUGAAGCGGGUAGAAUUCAUGGCUGGAAGCCGCCUGUACGAAAAUCGGUGUAG